AUGGUCUGUGGCCUGCUGGGCUUUGCCUCAUCUCCUGGUGUUUGGUCUCUGACUCAACCCUUAAUUCUUCCCCCUUGAUUCUGAGCUGGUACUACCUCUGGUCUCCAGUCCCCGACCCUGACUCUUGUUUAUGGGACCUGGCCUUGCAAUUCCUCCAACUCCCCCCCAGUAACUCCCAUGCCUGGUGGGGAGACCUCAGCCCAGCUGUGAUCACUAGGCCAGACCGACUACGCCCUGGUCACUUACACCAUCCUUAUACGUACUCCUGUAUCUAUGCUCAGCUCUGUCUGUCACACUCUCUUUGUAUCUUUAUAUAUCUAACUCUCAAAUUGUCCCUCUCUCUGUACGUAUCUAAUCUCUCACUCUCUUUUCAUACCUGUCUAUCACAGUGUCUCCACAGCAGUCUAGCUGAUCGCUGUCGUUCUCUUCCUGUCUGUCUGUAUCAGGCUUUCGUUAUCUCUUGAUUUAUUGUGCUCUCUCCAUAUGAUUCAUUUAUGUGUCUUGGUGUCUUCAUAUCUAUUUAUCUACAUCUCAUAGUCUCUUCAUAGCUAUCUACACAUCCUUGUAGCAUCAAUCCGUCCUUUUCACUUGCACUCUUUCAGGUUUCACUAUUCCGCCCAGUAUAGGUUUGUUUUGUUUCUUUCAAGUAAAGGUUUUUUGCUUUUAAUUGUACAUGCAAAGUGGCUGGAACAGCACGAAACAGCAAGUGGAGCGUGCGUGUGGAGCCGCGGAUUGCACGGAAAGUAGACCCGGCGUCCCUGGGCUGCGGGCACCACUUCUGCCGGGGCUGCAUCGCCCGGUGCUGGGAGGGGCUGAGCGCGGAGUUCCCCUGUCCCGAGUGCAGGGAAACCUUCCCCCGGGGGAGCCUCCAGCCCAGCCGGCAGCUGAGCAACAUCGUCCACGCGGCCAGGAUGCUGAGCCUGGAGUUAGCAAAGGAACCAGAGCUUGGCUCGGUGUGUGACCGACACAAGGAGGAGUUAAAAGUCUUCUGCCAAAAGGAUCAAACCCCCGUUUGUGUGGUUUGCCUCCUGUCCCGAGAUCACCGAGAGCACCCGGCGGUGCCCAUCGAGGAGGCGGCUGAGGAUUACAAGGACCAAAUUCGGAGCCGUUUGGAGAGUUUGAAGAAAAACAGAGAAGCGAUUCUGUCAUUUAAACUGAGUGGGGAAAAUAAAAGCCAGGAAUUGCUGAAACAGCUAGAAACUGAGAAGCAGAAGAUUGUGUCUGAAUUUCAGCAACUGCGCCAGUUUCUGGAGGAACAAGAGCGACUCCGCCUGGCCCAGUUGGAAGAGCUGAAUCAGGAAAUUGAAAAGGGGAGGGCUGAGUAUGUUGCCAAAUUAUCUGAGGAACUAUCUUCUUUCAGUUCCCUGAUCAGUGAGAUGGAGCAGAAGUGCCAGCAGCCAGUGAGGGAAUUCCUGCAGGACAUCAAAGGCACCUUGAGCAGAUGCGGGAGGGAGAAGUUUCAGAACCCAGUGGCCUUUUCUUCUGACCUGAAAUGGAGAAUCUGGGAAUCUUCUCAAAGAAACGCAUCUCUGGAGACCAUAAUGAGGACAUUCAAAGACUCACUGUUGUCUAGACAGCGGUUGGACAAAGGUAAAUUUCUCGGAUCAAAGGCGAACGUGACUCUGGAUCCAGACACGGCCCAUCCUGAGCUCAUCCUGUCCGCGGAUCGGAAAAGUGUGAGAUACGGAGACACACGGCAGGAUCUGGCCGACAACCCUGAGAGAUUUGACACCAUAUGCUGCGUGCUGGGCUCUGAGGGAUUCACCGUGGGCAGACAUUACUGGGAGGUGGGGGUGGAGGUGGGGGGAGUCUGGGGCAUGGGGGUGGCCAGAGCAUCUGUGAGGAGGAAGGGACGGAUCAGCCUUUACCCUGAGCAGGGGAUCUGGGCUGUGCAGUGCUGGGAGGAUCAGUACCGGGCUCCCACAUCCCCUGCACAGAGCAUCCGCUUCUCCCCGAGCUCAGCACCCCGCAGGAUCCGGGUUUUUCUGGACUGUGAACGGGGGCAGGUGACAUUUUUCGAUGCUGGUACCUGGGACCCGAUCUUCACUUUCUCGCCGGCCUCUUUCGCUGGGGAGAGAAUCCACCCGUUCUUCUGGGCUGGUUCUAGUGCGCGGCUCACCCUGUCCCCCUGAGGUGCCCUGUCUGUGCCCACAAAACAAGCUCCUCUAGCCCCCACCCCCCUUAUCUCUAUUACCUGGAGGACUCAGCCGGUCUCUCCUCUCCCUCCCUCCCCUGGCACAGACAGGGCUGAAGGGGGUGAUGCUCUACCCGUAGCUCUAUGGCUGUGGAGGUCUGUGUUAGGUCUAGGCUGGUUCUCUGUGCUCCUGGGAGGCCAACUCUGGGGGGGGGUGUCCCACCAAGGAAGGAAGGAGCCCCUGUGUGGGAGGGACCCAGCCAAGGGCCAGGGAGAGACCCUCAACUGGGGGAGGGGAGAGCAGGGGGAGCCCUGGCUGAAGAGGGUGGGCAGGGGCUGGAGGGGACAGACCAGAGGGCAAACCAGGCGCCAGGCGGGGAGAGGUUCCCAGGAGACCAGGGGCAGGUGUCGCAGGGGAAGCAGAGCUGAGCAGGGAGGACCCAGCUGCACAGACAACGUCCUGCCCCUUGGCUUGGGGCGCACAGAGGCUGGGGACCCGUCAGGCCCCCCAGGGUUCCCCCAAUCAGAGCCCAGGACUGGAGUCCUCUGCUCCCCUCCAGCGGCUCUUCCAGCUGCGUUAGCAGGACACUGGGUGGGGGGUUCGGACUGACGAGCUCCUAAGCGCCCGGGGGGCAGCGUUUGAGUCUCGACAACUGUUGACAACUGUGCCCACUUCCACCUUAAUUGAAUUGGCUCGUUAGCACUGAGCCCCCACUCGGUACGGCAACUCCCCUCUGUUCACGUGCUGUGUGUUUAUACCUCCCCCCUGUAUGUUCCACUCCCUGCAGCCGAUGAAGGGGGUUUAGCCCACGAAAGCUUCUGCCCAAUAAACGUGUUGGUUUCUAAGGUGCCACAAGGACUCCGCGCUGUUUUUGCUGAUACAGACUAACACGGCGACCGCUCUGAAACCUGACCAGUAGAUUACGUGGCCUCUUCUUUCAUCCCACAACUCUUCCUCACGCCGCCAUGUUCUGGAGCAGUCAAUAGGGGCACUGCAAGCCAAAUCCAGACCGCCAGACACUAUUGAACGGAGCACGAAAUCUUUUUAUUUACUUAUUAACAGCAUCGUGUGGGAAACGUUUCUGUGGAGUCUGGACCUGGGCUAUAACGUGACCAAGAAAUUUGGACCUUGACAACAAUAAUUGACCUAGUUCAGGCCUAGUUCUUCUGCACCCCUCUCCCAGCACCCCGGGCCCAUCUGAGUCUGUUUCUCCCCCAUUGCUCAGAGAAUCCCGGCCAUGGGUCCCUGCUUCCCCUCCUCCCCAGCUCUGCAGGGACGCUCAGGGCGGGGUGGGCAGGCCGCUGUGCAUUGCAAGAAGCAGGAGAUGGGGCCAGCUGCAGGAGCACAGCCCCCGGAUGGCCACAAGCUGGAGGAGCAGCACUGCUAUAAAACCCUGCUCUGCGCCGGGAUCUCCGGCUGGAGGGU